AUGCAAUCUCGUCUAAAGCAAUGGAUGAUCCAUUUGUGGUUCCAGAAUCUGCAUCAACACCUGUCACAUCACCCCCCAAGUGUUUUUAUUGAUCAACUGGAAACAGUUCACAAUAUGAAUAAAUCUGGGAGCACUAAUGUUGGAGUAAGUAUGGCUGUGUUUGAUUUUGAUUACAUGUGCCCCCUUCAUGGAUUUGGUAAGCAUGCACCUACAUUCCCAACUGAGACAAAUAACAAGGAAAAAGAUCAGAGCCCUUAUAAAGAAGGACUAAGAAGUUCAACUCGUAGAGACCCAAUAGACAAAUCUUCUUUUAGAUUUCCGAAGACCCAAUCAGAGAAGGCACAUGUAGAAGAUUUUCAAGAUUCUCAAGAACUAUCUUUAACAUGCCACCUGUCUCUAAAACUUCUCGUCGGUCUGUUGAUCAAACUGUUUCUCCACCUUCAUAUACUGAGACAAGUUCUCAAGAACUUGAACAAGAGCAACCACUUGAUGAUAUAUGGCCUACCGUAUCAGAGAUACCUCUAUUCACACAAACUCAAGAAUGAGACUUUGGCGCGAUCUGCUGAUGCGAUUGUUGCGUAUCGGGCUUUGGUGAAUUUGCUUGAAGACCAACCUUCUGAAGAGAUGAAAGUUGUGGCGAUUUGUGCUUUGUAG